AUGGAAAACUCAACACAAUUCACGUCAUUUAUGCUAGCUGGAUAUAGUGACAGUGGACACUUAAAGUACUUCUAUUUGAUUAUAUUAACUGUGUUAUACAUCUUCAUAGUCUUUGCGAACAUUGUGCUUAUCAUGGUUAUAUGUAUGGAGAGGAGCCUUCAUGAACCCAUGUAUCUGUUUCUGUGCAGUUUGUUUGUGAAUGAGUUGUAUGGUAGCACUGCUUUGUUUCCUGCUCUUAUGAUUCAUGUGGUUUCAGAUGCCCAUUCAGUUUCCACUGUGUACUGUUACCUACAGAUCUUUUGCAUAUACACAUAUGGAUCUAUGGAAUUCUGCAAUUUAGCAGUCAUGUCCUAUGACAGGUACCUUGCUAUAUGUUAUCCACUACAGUAUAAUGUCGUCAUGACACCCAACAGGGUGUGUAUUUUAGUUUGUGUAAUAUGGUUGUACCCUUUUGCAAAAAGCAUCAUAACACUGUCUUUAACUAUUCGCUUGAAAUUGUGUGGGAACGUUAUAGACAAAGUGUACUGUGACAACUACCUGCUGGUGAAACUUGCUUGUUCAACUUCAGACACAACAGUUAAUAACAUCUAUGGACUCUACAGUCUUGUUUUGUCUGUUGUUGUCCCUUUAAUUACUAUUUUGUUUUCUUAUAUUAAGAUUCUGAGAAUUUGUUUGAAAUCUUCCAUUGAGACCAGACAGAAAGCUUUCAGCACCUGUACUCCUCACCUGGCCUCGCUGCUCAACUUCUCUUUCGGCUGUUUCUUAAAUCUGCUCCAGAGUAGAUUUGAUAGGCCUAUGAGAAAUGUUCCAACUGUACUUCACACUAUUUUAUCAGUGUACUUUCUGAUGUGCCAGCCACUUUUGAACCCUAUUAUGUAUGGCGUUAGGAUGACUAAAAUCAGACAGGCUUGUAAAUACAUACUACCUGUAGGUCUGUACCCUAAAACAUAAGCUAAACAGUAGUGUGACCUUUUCUGUCCUGAUUGUUGAUUUUUGUGAUGUCACUUGUGUGUUUUUGUUAUUUAUAGGCUAGUUGCAAUAAUGAAUGGGUGAGGAUGGUGAAAAUCAGACAUGUAAAACAUUUUCUGAUUUGUGAAAUAUUGCCAUUUACUUGGUGUAAUUCACUUGCUGGUCUCCAUUGGAUACCUAUCAUUCAAAAAAUUGACUUACCCUCCUCGUCUACAAAGCCAUAAAUGGCAUUGGACCCACUGACCUGUCAAACUUACUCUCCCCCUAUGAUCCUCCACUCACUCUACGUUCAAGCCACGCCAAACUGCUCCUCGCCCCUAGCACCUGGCUCCGCACAAUAGGGGACAUGCCUUUAACUACCAAGCCACCGCCUUUAGAACUCUCUUCCGGACAAUCUCAGGGCUGCUCAGACUGUUGGGGCCUUG